UCUUGGUUUGUUCCAUUGGACUGCAUUGUAUCAAGUUUGCGGCGGAUUGAUAAGAGUCACAACAUUAUUCACGUGUGCUGCUGCUCACUUAUCUGACUUGGCAUGUCUCAGGACAGUCAACAUGGCAGGUGGACCAUCUCCAGCAGUGAUGAUGAUGACGACCUUCCUCCUUCUGGAAGGACAACAUCUAAGCCCCACCCACCUGUUAUCUCCAGUCACAGCUCCCCUCUGCCUGCCUCUCCUCCCAGCACCAAAGUGAAACCAGUAACAGCUGCUGUGGAGGUGAAACCAGAACCAGCGAACCCUGCCGUAUCCUCACUUGUUAUUGGCUCCGAGGCCAGACAGUCAGCGGCAGCAAACCAGUUAAAUCCAGUGAAGUAUGAAACUAGUCCGUCAUUGGCUGGAAAGCGGAAGAAAGAGGUGUCCGAAGGCUCAGGCUGGGCCCUCUCAGAUAGUGAUGAUGAUGAUGGAGAUGUGAAGGGUAAGAGCAUCAGUAACUUACCAAAGAGGGCGCCUCCAAGCCCCAAAGCAAAGAAACCGAAGGUGGAGAACGAGCGGCCUCCGAGUCCCCACGGCCGCCUCUACUAUAUCGACGAGCCGGAGGACUUCUUUGAGAGCAGCAUUCCUUGUCACAAUGACACCUACCGGUUUUAUCUCAACAAAGUCACAGGCCUGGACAGGAAGUACAACAGUGGAGCUUUGCACAUCAGAGACAUUCUCUCUCCAUUGUUUGGAACCCUAAAAGAGUCUGUUCAGUUUAACUACUGCUUUGAUAUUGCCUGGAUGGUUCAGCAGUACCCAUCAGAGUUUAGGGAUUGUCCAGUCCUGAUCGUCCAUGGAGAUAAGAGGGAGGCCAAGGCCCGGCUCCUCGGGCAGGCUAAGCCUUUUCCACAUGUUCGCUUCUGUCAGGCCAAGCUGGAUAUUGCUUUUGGAACGCACCACACGAAGAUGAUGUUGCUGUGGUAUGAGGAAGGCUUCAGAGUCGUCAUCAUGACCUCCAACCUCAUCAGAGCUGACUGGUACCAGAAAACACAAGGAUUGUGGAUGAGCCCCAUGUUCCCACGGUUACCAAAGGGCAGCAGUGAGAGUUCAGGUGAGUCGCCGACCUUCUUUAAGAGGGACCUGCUGGAAUACCUGGCCUCAUACCGCGCGCCUGAACUGGAGGAGUGGAUCCAACGGAUCAAAGAACACGACCUGUCAGAGACCAGGGUUUAUUUGAUCGGCUCAACGCCAGGCAGAUAUGUUGGCUCAGACAUGGACCGCUGGGGCCACCUGAGGCUGAGGAAGCUGUUGUAUGAACACACAGAUCCUAUUCCCGGGGAGGAAAAGUGGCCCGUGAUUGGCCAGUUCUCCAGCAUCGGCUCGAUGGGAUUGGAUAAGACCAAAUGGUUAACAGGGGAGUUUCAGCGCACCAUGACCACGCUGGGAAAAUCCUCUCUUCGCCAAGAUCCCCCCAUGCACUUGGUGUAUCCAUCAGUUGAAGAUGUGAGGACUAGUUUAGAAGGUUAUCCAGCGGGAGGCUCUCUCCCCUACAGCGUCCAGACGGCUCAGAAACAGCUCUGGCUCCACGCUUUCUUUCACCGCUGGAAGGCGAAUACGACAGGAAGAAGUCACGCCAUGCCACACAUCAAGACUUACAUGAGGGCGUCACCAGAUUUCACUCAACUCGCCUGGUUCCUCGUCACAAGUUCCAACCUGUCCAAAGCAGCGUGGGGUGCUCUGGAGAAGAACAACACUCAGGUGAUGGUUCGGUCCUACGAGCUGGGAGUCCUCUUCGUGCCGUCCGCCUUCAACAUGAAGACUUUUCCUGUUCACAAAAAUCCAUUUCCCGUCUCCUCCUCGCCUGGUUUCCCCGUGCCCUUUGACCUCCCCCCCACAUGCUACUCUCCUAAAGAUCAGCCUUGGAUCUGGAACAUUCCGUAUAGCCAGGCUCCCGACACACACGGCAACAUCUGGGUUCCCUCCUAAACACACACACACACACACACACACACACAGACCUAUCAAUGACUUUAAACUACUAUUUGUAAUUGUCAGUACUUUAUCUAGGUGUUAGUUGUCCGUAACAUUUAUUUUUAUAUUUUCUACCUUACUGUAGACUCACAUGUUUUCUACCAAUAAAUAAAAUAACCUCAUCAUCAA